AAAAUCCAUCACGCCACGCAUGAAUCACAUUUUCGUACUGAAAAUACAAAUACCAUAAACCCUCUGCGCAGCUUCUCCUCUCUUUGUUUCUCUGAAAAUGUUCCAAAAUCGUCCAUACCUUUCCGCCUCUCUUUACUAUCUAAACGGCUUAUAACUUAACGCACUUGUAUUUUGUUCUUCCGGCAUUUUCUAAUAUACACGGUCAUGGCGUGUUGCAGACGGGCAAAGGUUUUAAUCAACAGCUUGCGCAGUAAUUUCACUUCAAGCCCUUUUCUCAGAUCCCCAAUCAGUGUUUCAUCUCCCAUAAUCGCUCCGAGCUUUGGGUCUUCGGUUUCAUCUGCUAAUAGAGCUAAGUUUUCUGGGUUCUCUUCAUAUUCUUCUAUCUCACAAAGACUGGGAAUAUCUAGUAAAUAUCAUUAUAAUCCGUUUUCUAAUGGUGCUAAGAGGUUUUACUUUGUCGAUCGGUACCAAGUUCACCAUUUUAAGCCGAGGGGUUUUCGAAGGUGGUUCCAAAAUCCCAGAAAUGCUUUCAUUGUUGUCUUGGUUGGUUCAGGGGUUUUGAUUACUGUAUAUUUUGGUAAUUUAGAAACUGUUCCUUACACUAAGCGAAAGCAUUUCGUGCUCUUGUCUAAAGAGAUGGAGAAAAAGUUAGGGGAGAUCCAAUUUGAGCAAUUGAAAGCUGGAUUUAAAGGAAAGAUAUUGCCUGCAAUACACCCUGAAAGCGUUAGAGUUCGACUGAUUGCCAAAAAUAUUAUCGAUUCGUUGCAGAGAGGGUUGAGCCAUGAUCAGAUAUGGUGUGAUUUGGAGUAUGCAUCACCUGAGAGUUCACUUGAACAUGGUGCAACGGAGACAUUGGGUGGGGGGGAAGAAGAUUUGGGGAUCACUUGGUCUCGUGAAGAUGAGAUUCUUGAUGAUCAAUGGGUUCAACAAAGCAGGAAGGAGAGUCAACAGAAAUGGUCGAGCUCGAAGCCGACGACUAAUCAUUUGGAAGGAUUGAAUUGGGAAGUUUUGGUCAUCAAUCAGCCUGAUGUAAACGCUGUGUGUUUGCCUGGUGGGAAGAUUGUGGUCUUCACAGGGUUGCUUGAGUAUUUCCGAACCGAUUCCGAGAUUGCUACCAUAAUUGGACAUGAGGUUGCACAUGCAGUGGCUCGACAUAUAGCUGAAACAAUAACAAAGAAUUUGUGGUUUGCCAUUCUGCAAUUGAUACUUUAUCAGUUCAUUAUGCCUGAUCUGGUCAACACAAUGUCAGCACUUUUCUUUAGGCUCCCCUUCUCUCGGAGGAUGGAACUUGAAGCAGAUUACAUUGGACUGUUGUUGCUCGCAUCUGCCGGCUAUGAUCCUCGGAUUGCUCCCAAAGUGUUUGAGAAAUUAGGUAAGGUUGCAAAGGAUUCAACACUGCAAGAUUAUCUCUCAACACAUCCGUCUGGAAAGAAAAGAGCUCAGUUGCUGGCUCAAGCUCAAGUAAUGGAAGAAGCACUCGUGAUUUACCGAGACGUAGUCGCAGGACGUGGUGUUGAGGGCUUUCUUUAGGAUCGCAACACGCUGCCAAUGAGCUUCUCACCCUGAAAGCUAGACCAAGCCCACGAAGCUCAAGAGCUUCGUGAACUUCAACUUGGUACCUGCGUUCAUCAUUUUUCCAUUUUCUGCCAACUUUAUUUCUGAUCAAUACUUUCAUGUCGAGCGGAUUUGGGUUCUUCUGCGUCAAGUUUGCUUUUGACCACGUCUCUCCAGCAACUGUAAAUAAAAUUGCAAACAUGAAAAUGUUGUUUCUUUAACGUAGGUUUA